AUGUCUACGGGCACAUGCUACACAAUGGAGCCCCCUACGGAAGUGGCUGCCGCUGCCACAGCUCAUACAGAGAACCAACCAGCAUAUUCUGCUGACAAUGAGCAUGAAGAUCUAUCGCAAAAUCGCUCUCGGUCAUAUCAUAUCUACCACAACCACUGGCAUCGGGACUAUAAUAUCACCACGCCAACUGGACAACAACUAUACUACGUGGACAGCUCCUCAUUUACAGUCAAUAAACCAGACCUGACCGUUCAUAUGGGAAUCGACAACAAGGCACCUGUUAUAGCGACGUGCAAAUUCAUGCACUUCUCAAGGGACUUCUGCGUCGGACUUGGAGACCCGCAGAGCCCAAACCAGGUUGACUGGGAGGACGUCAUUUGCCAAGGGUUCCGUCGCAAUAACUACCGCUGGCAGAUGAACCUCCCAAGUGGGCGACACACAUUCGUCUGGAAGAGGACGCAUUCCGUUGGUGUGGAGGAUGUCCCAUUAUCCUCUAUCAGUUAUCGCAAUUUCAAGCUCGUGGACGAAUCAACAGGCCAGGUGCUGGCGGUAUUCACUAAUGACUACUUGAGUACCAAAAAGGCUGGAGACUUUCAGGUCUAUGCAGACUAUGGAAGAGGGUUUAAUCUCAUCUCUCUCAUUACUGUCCUCGCGCUAUACGAGAAAGGGAGUCGUCGUCAUAGAAGGAUCGCCGCUGCUGGCGGCGGGGCUGGUGGAUAG